AUGGCCUUUGGGGACCCCUUCCUUCUGGAGGAGCCCAUGUGCAGGCCAAUGGGGGCCAAUGGGGGCGGGCUCGGGCCAUUCGCCUCCACCCACCCGUCCGUCCGUCCGUCCACCCACCCGUCCACUUUUGCCAUGGGAUGUCCGGCAAAGGCAAAGGGUCUCUGCGCCCGCUUCCUUGGCUUCGGGAUCCUCCUCCUCCUCGGCUGUGGGACAGCGUCGUUGGCGGUGAGGGUCUCGGUGGCGGCCAGCAGCAUCCAGGUGGUCCGAGGGGGCAGCGCCCUCCUGCCUUGCUCCUUCCAGACCACGGCUCCGCUUGACCGGCUCAACAUCAUCUGGACUGUGGACCCGUCUUCGGACCCCGGGAGACCCCAGCAGGUGUUGUCCUACGAAGGGGGCCAGGUGGUGGAGAGCGUGUCGGGCUUCACGGGCCGGGCGUCCUUCGCCUUCCCCCCCACGGCCAGCGCCACCCUCCUCCUCAACGACACCCGAGGCUCCGACAGCGGCCGGUACCAGUGCAGCGUCCUCAACCCGCCCGACAACCAGCUGCCCAACAUCGGGGUCAUCCAGCUCACUGUCUUCGUGCCGCCAUCGGGCCCGCAGUGCUGGCGUGAGGGCGACCUGGGCGAAGGGGACGGACUACGAUUUGCGUGUUCGGUGGGCGACGGGGUGCCCCACCCCACCUUCACCUGGGAGAAAAUCCCGGCCGACGCCUGGCACCCUUUGGUCACCACCUACGAAGGUGACCGCCGGGCCUUGCUGACGCUGCACAAUGUGACGUCGUCGGCGUCUGGCCUGUACCGCUGCACGGCCUCCAACAUGCUGGGCUCGGCUUCGUGCGCCCUGGAGCUCCACGUCCACCUCCCUCCGGACGGGGCCACCUCGCUGGUGGUGGGCAUUGCCCUCCUGCUGGCCAUGGGCACGGUUCUCCUGGCCCUGCUGGCCCUCGUCCUCUGGCUCCACCAGCGCGGACUCCGCAAGCAGAGGGAAGGCGCCCACCACGACCACGACCACGACGACGAGGAGUCCCAUAACGAAAUACGAAUGGACAGCUUCUCCUUGGGGCGCCUGCGGGUUGCGAAAGGGGGUCCCCCGCCCGCCCGGCCCCUCUGGGUCUUCACCAGCGCCGCCCCCAAUGCCACCUUCGCCCACCGAGAGUGGAGGACCACCGCGGCCACGCCCACCCUGCCGGGCGGGACAACUGCCCCCCACUUGGCCCUGGAAGAGGAAGAGCCCCUCCCCGCCCCCGGCCCCUUCCCCAGGCCCACCGGGUUCCUGGUCUAGGGAAGGACCC